AUGCAGGACCAUACUUCCGUCUCCUUCAUCGCCCCAAUAAAGCUCCAAACCAUCAACUGGCCAAAGCCUUCUGACUCCUCCAUCAAUGACACUCCCAAUAAAGGGGGGAGCACAAAUGCUGACGGGGAUGGGGAUGGUUUCGCAGGGAUUCACUAUGAGAGCCGCCCACCCAUUAGAGCAAGGCUUGUGAUCGGAGCUGACGGUUCUCGAUCUCGCGUCCGUUCCCUCGCACAUCUCCGUACCAUUGGAUGGCCAUACCACCAGCGAGGAGUGAUCGCAACCGUCGAUCUCGCCUCCCCCAGCAUCACAGCCUGGCAGCGGUUCCUCCCCUCAGGCCCUCUCGCUCUCCUCCCCCUGGGGGAUCGCUACAGUAAUGUCGUGUGGUCGACCACCGAAGAACACGCCCUUAAGCUACAGUCUAUGAGCCCAGAAGAAUUCGCACAUGCUGUUAAUGAGGCGUUCAGUAAAGAGUUUCCAGCGCCUGGGUUUCCUCAAGGGGGUUUGAAGCUGCCUUCUGUGCUUCCAUCUGCUGCUUCUGUUGCUGGUGCUGCUGCUGGUGCUGCUGCUGCUGCCGCUGCUGCUGCAGCCGCAGGUGCUGUUUCUUCUGCUGCUGCAGCAGCAGGGAAAUCUCUCAUAUCUGCUAUUGCAUCUGCAGCCUCCCUAGAAUCCCUUGUGGCACAAUCUCCCAUGAAUCCCUCUUACAGGUCGAGCGAUUCGGGCAAGUUUUGUACGCCCCCGGAAGUUUUAGCUGCCCGAAGCAAGGUUCUUUCGUUCCCGUUGUCACUACAGCAUGCAGGCUCUUAUGUUGCACCGAGAUGUGCUCUUGUGGGGGAUGCAGCACACACAGUGCACCCUUUGGCAGGUCAAGGAGCUAACCUUGGCUUUGGGGAUGUUACAGCGCUCGUGACAGUUCUAGAAAAGCUGGUGGAAGUCGGAGAGGACAUUGGAGAGGUGCAGCUGUUGAGAUCAUUUGAACGGGAACAGGAGGCUGUUGUGAAGAAGCGGAAGGUGAUGGUGGCGCUCGACGGCAGCGAGUUUAGCCGCCAGGCGUUCGACUUCGCCGUCGCAAAGAUAUUCCGACCGGAGAAGGACCUGGUGGUGCUGUUCAACGUCCGAGCUGCUAGCGGCGAUGCUGGCGCUGAGAACCCUAUUCUGGAGGAGUAUAAGAAGCUGGCGGAGGAGAAAGGUUUGGAGCACGUCACAAUUGAAGAGAAGGGAGAUCCAAGGGAGGCAAUCAUCAGCACCGUGGAAAAGGAGAGUGUUGACCUGCUUGUAAUCGGCAGCCAUGGCAAGGGCAUGACCAAGCGCUUGCUGUUGGGGAGUGUCUCAGACUAUUGUGCGCAUCACUCUUCGUGCCCUGUACUGAUUCACCGACCCCAGUCGAAGAAACUUGUAGACGAGAGAAUGGCUGCGGCUGCACGAGCGGCUGCGUACGUGGCGGUGGGGAGCAUAGCGUUACCAGACCAGCCUCAGCGGACCCGAAGAUGGUCGGCCGGUAGCUCCCUGAGCGCCGGCUUGACUCUUCGGCGGAACGAUAGAUGCGUUCGCCAGGUGUCGCGAUCGCCAAUGUGGGUCUGUGCGAUGGACGCAUCCUUCAGCGACGAACCCCCAAAGGUGUUCCCGCGCAUCGGAACCCGCGACCCCUACAAGCGCCUCGGGCUUGGCCGCGACGCGUCGACGGAGGAGAUAACGGAGGCGAAGAACUACCUGGUGGAGGAGUACAAGGGCCACGAGCGGAGCCGCGAAGCCAUCGAGGAGGCAUUUGACAAAAUUAUCGCGGAGAAAUUCAGAGAGCGGCGCAAGUCCAAAAUCAACCUCAAGGCGGAUCUCAAGAAAAAGGUGGCGGAGGCACCGCCCUGGAUCCAGGCGCUCAUUGACAUGGUGGAUGUGCCCAAGCCGGCAGUGAUUGCGCAGCGAGCAGUGCUCUUUGCUCUCAUCGCCGUCUGGAGUAUUAUGAACCCUGCUGAGGGCGGUCCCGCGUUCCAGGUUGCGGUGGCUCUGGGUCUCUCAGUGUACCUCAUCAACGAGCGGCUCAAGAGCAUUACCAGGGCACUCAUUAUCGGGUUCGCCACGCUCGUGGUUGGUUGGAUCACUGGCUCUUUCCUCGUGCCGUUCAUUCCCGAGGGCAUUUUCCCCGGCUUCUGGAGUCUCGAGCUCGGCACGUCCCUUGUUACCUACGUCUUCCUCUGGUUCUCCACCACCUUCCUCAAGUGA